UAUUAUUUAAUUUCACAAACCUACCAACCCCUAUUGACUCCAGUGAUAUGGCUCUCACCAAGGAGAAGACCAAGGCCAAGGCGCCGCCGGCCAGCGCAAAGAAGGAUGGCAACAAGACGACAGCCGAGUCGAGCUCAGCGCCGACGGCAUCGACCUCUGCAGCCAAGCAAGGGCAAAGCGCCGGGCUCGCGGCACAGCACGGGCAAGGCGCCGGCGAUAAUCCCGCCGAUGGCGUUUGUGCCGCCGCAUUCUGAUAACGAGCACUCGCUGACGCGGCUGAUCGAGCUGUACGGCGAGCAGUCAGAUCUGCUGAGGAUUGUGCUGUCGGCCAAGAGCGAGCAGGACAGGGCGCGGGCCGAGUACGAGCGGCGUGUGCAGGAGGAGCUGCGAUACGAGACGCGGCGGCUGGAGUUUGAGAUGAUGCUGCACCACAACUACUUUAAACAGCAGGACCGUGAGCACGAAGAGAAGCGGCACCUACUGAUGCCAACGCCCAAGGGCCCGAUGACAGCGCACCGCAGCGAUGUGGUGCUGCACUCGCCACUGCCGCCGUCGCACCCGCUCCAGCAGCAGCAACAACAACAGCAGCAUAGCAUUGCAUACCACCCAGAAGCGCCCAUGGUGCCGGUGGGGUACGGCGUGGCAACGCCCUCGCAUGACCCGUACAACAUGCGGUCGUACCACCACCCAGACACGCCGGGCGGCCUGGACGCGCACAUGUCGGCGAAUCCGUUUGCAUUCUUCAAGCAGCCGCUCGGCCCGCCGAUCCACCACCCAUCGGCAUACCCGACGCCGACGGCCGAGCACCACAUGCAGCAGCAACAGCUGCCGCCAACGCCAUCGCACGACUCGCUGGCGAGCCGACCGCUGGCGCCGGGGGCCACAGCAAGCGCACGGCUGGGGAUCAAGGACCGGCGGGCAGUGCCGCCGGCAGUCAGCGGGCUGUCGGUGCGGAUCUCGGCCAGCAACGGGGUGUCGUCGGACUCGCCGCGCUCGGCGCCGGUGGACGGGCCGAACCCGCUGAAGCGCAAGAUCUCGCACGACGAGGUCAUCAUGGCGCUGCGGCGCAAAGUCAUGAGCAAGGGCAACCCGCUGUACCAGCACCGGCCUGGACAGCAGCAGAAGCGCGGAGCUGGCUCGUUUGCGAAGCCGCAGGUGCCGGAGCCGGCCAAGGCGAAGGCGAAGGACGCCGAGUCGAGCCAGCCGGCGCGCGGCUCGGCGCUGGCCAUCUCGACAGAUGUGUCGGCGGCGGCAGCGCUGGGGUCGUCGUCGUCGUCGGAUGAGGAGUCUGACGAUGAGGCCGAUGCAGACGAUGAGGGCGCGGCGGCGUCGAACGAGCAGUCGCCGGAUGCGGUGAAAAAGCCUGCGGAGAGGGCUGCAGAGAAGGCUGCAGAGAAGGCCGCUACAAAGAAUGCCGCUGUCAAGGCACACACCCGGCUGCCGUCCAUCUCGGUAAUCACAGAGGGCGUGGAGGCAGCCGCGGGCAACGGGCAGAAGGAGGACUAAGAGUGCUGUGGGUUUAGACCAAUCCCUCUCCCCUUUUUACUACUCCUUUCAAAGACAAAAAUUCGUAAUCACACAGUAGCAUCUGACCGCACCAGGAAAAUUGGCCCGAACCGGUCCGCAGACCGG